AUGACUUACUUGAUAGAUAAGGCAUGUGCCUUUUACUGCAGAGUAUUAGCAGAAGGAAAUUAUACUGAUGUUGAUUCAUUAGCACAAUGUGAUUACGAUAUUAUGCGAAACAACGAGGAUAAGUUAGACUUUGAAAGUUUAAGUGAUCAAGAAAAAUUGGAGUUACUAGAAUAUCUUCCCAAUGAUAAUAAAUAUGAUGAAAAAUUUAAGAUUGAACGUCAAAAGUUAGUGUUUAUGAUUUUAAAUUUCGAUAUGACAACAAAUAGACAGAAAUAUAUUGAUAUCGAUUAUAAAUAUAUUGAUAGUUACGGAUUUCCCGAUGAUGUUGCCGAAAUUUUGGAAGAAGGAACUGCAAAUAUAUUUACCUUUUUGAGUACCAAGAAGUUUGAGAAGAAAUAUUAUAAGUCAGUUGUUAGGCUAUUUAAAAACAUCUUCUAUUUGGGUGUCAUGUUUAAUGUGCCCUUCCCGAUUACAAUAUUGCAGCCAACCACUUCCACAGCAAAUGAAGUAAUUCCAUCGUCAAAUUAUCAACUGCGAUCCUUAUUUGAGAAAUAUGCUGAAAUAUACCCCUUGUUAGAUACAAGUACUACCGAUUUCGUUGAAAAUUUGAAAGAAAAGUUCCAUCUAAGAAUUAGUCAAUUGUUAGGUAUAGUUUCAAGACCGACAUUUCCGAGGUCUGAAGACAUAGUCAGUGAAAGAGAUCUUGUAAAAGCAGUUACAUCUGCUUAUUUAGAUCCAAUGUUGGACACUAUUAAACGGAAUUCUAAGGUUAAUAUGCUGUUAAGAGAAGAAUUGGUCACGAGGAAGGGAGAGUAUUUUGUCAAGCCAGAUGUCGUACUUAAAACUGAUAAGAAAAAUAUCCCCGUUGAAGUAAAGAGGAAAGGCCUCUUUUCUUCGUUAAAGAAUAUAAAAGAAUUGUUUCCAAUUGCAGCCGAAGAUGAUGUUAAACUAAUAGAAAGCAAUAAAUUUGCCCGAGGAUGGAUAAACCAAUUAGCACAUCAGUGCCUCUUUGGCAACUCCAACCUUGGAUUUGCAUUAGACAACUAUGGCAUAUUUGCAUUCCAAAUUAACCUGGCCUUUCCUCUCCGUACUGUCAUUAAAAAUGAAGUGUGUAUCAAAUUGGCGUCAAUUGCCAUAAAUGGGGUCAAUUCAAGAGAGACCAAGCAAACAAUUGGCUUCAUUUUUUUAGCUGCUACGUUCGUCUAUUCGGAAGAUUUUGAAAACGAUACAAUGCUUAGUGUAUGCUUGAAUGAUUUAACUUUAACAUCUCAACAAGAAGCUGAGGUAUUGAAAAGUAGGUACAAAUUUACAGAGCAGAUGUGGAUGAGUCGUUUUCGGGAUUUUAAGUCACUGGGAAGAGGUGCUAAUACAAAAUACAUUAACAAUCAACAUGAAGAAAUAGAACUUCCAAUUGAACAAUACAAGCUACUUAGAGAGAGGCGUUUUUUUGAAAAUUUGAAAUUUGAAGAAUUUGAAAUUGUGAAAAGGUUAACUGGAGUAGAAAAAUACACAAGAUUUGCAAGUGUUUACUUGGUGAAACACCGACUUUCGCCUGACCUCAUGAUCCUCAAAAUCUACGAUGCUAACAGAUCUAGACGCCUGAAAAGAUCAACUUCGGGGGAAGAAUUCUACGCAACGGUAAAUAAUAUGCUUUUGAUGUAUUCCAGAGAGCUUUUGGCUUACACGACAUUAAGAGGUUUGUCGACAUCAGCCAUAGGAGAAAGGCCAAUAUCAAAGGAAAGCGAGUCCUCAGAAAUUGCAGUCAUACCUUCCAUGGUUCAUAAUAUACCGAACUUAAUAAGUACAGGAUAUAUAAGGGCCGAUGGGAUAAAUCAACCAGCAGGAAAUUUUUUAUUGUUAACGUAUAUUCAAAAUGAUUUCAAGAAUAAUACAUUUACUGAAGAAGAGAAGAUUGAAAUCAGAAAAAAAUGUCGAUCAGCUUUAAAAAAAAUUCACGAGAAAGGCUUGGUCCAUGGAGAUAUACACCCUGGAAAUAUCCUCUACCAAAGAGCUAAUAAUAGGGUGUAUUUCAUUGAUUUCGGAUACACCACAUAUGCUCGUGAUGGUAUUUGCAAGAGAAGUCUUGUAGGCACAAUGUCAAAGGAAGAGGCGUGGAAAUAUGAUGAACGGAUGCUCGAAAUAGCUGUCAAUAAAAUAUUUGAAGGGGAAGCUGCAAAUGAUAUUUUAUAG